GGCAUUUAUCGCUUGAUUUAUGGUUUUUAUAACGAAGUCUGGUCAAGUGGGCUGGGGACGGGGAGGCGUGAUUCCCACUCGUUUCAUGCCGUGGAGGGUGGGGACCCGUCGGGUUCCCGGAUGCCUCGCCGGCCGACGCCAUAUUUACCGUUAGACCGUGGUGCCUACUGCCUGUUGCUACUCCGCCGCCAGGCAGGAAUCACCCAGUGCCCUGACGAGUCCUCCCUUUUCUCUCUCUCUCUCUCCCUCUCUCUCUCCCCCCUCGGGACUUUUCCUUUUUUCGAACAGCAGCCCCCCUCACCACCACCGCAACCGCAUUAGCCGAGCACCAUGGCGGAAAGAGGGGACGCAGUUUACCAGGCCAAACUCGCCGAGCAAGCGGAGCGAUACGAUGAAAUGGUGGAGUCAAUGAAGCAAGUGGCGAGCUUGGACUUGGAGCUGACGGUGGAGGAGCGAAACCUCCUUUCGGUGGCCUACAAGAACGUGAUCGGUGCGCGGAGAGCCUCGUGGAGGAUAAUCAGCAGCCUGGAGCAGAAGGAAGAGAGCAAAGCGAGUGAGGAGAAGCUGGUUAUGUACAGGGACUAUCGGAAGCUGGUAGAAAAAGAGCUGAAAUCAAUCUGCAAAGAUAUUCUAGAAGUACUGGACCAGCAUCUGAUCCCAGCCUCCAUUUCGGGAGAGUCCAAGGUUUUCUACUACAAAAUGAAGGGAGACUACCACAGGUACCUGGCGGAGUUCGCCACCAGCAACGACAGGAAGGAGGCGGCUGAAAACAGCUUAGUAGCUUACAAAGCGGCCAGCGACGUCGCUUCAACCGAACUGCCGCCCACGCACCCCAUUCGCCUGGGACUGGCCCUCAACUUCUCAGUUUUCUACUACGAAAUCCUCAACUCGCCGGACCGCGCUUGCAGGUUGGCGAAGGAAGCCUUUGACUGUGCCAUCGCCGAACUGGACACGCUGAGCGAGGAGAGCUACAAGGACUCGACGCUCAUCAUGCAGCUGCUACGUGACAACUUGACACUUUGGACCUCAGACUUACAGGGAGACGGUGAGGAACAGAACACAGAAGCACCGCCAGAAGCGGAGGAAGAGGUCCAGUGAGACUCGAAUGGCACGCCACGAGCCCAAAACCUUCUCUGCCCGCCUUUCCUUCUUUCCUUCACUCCUUCCAUUCUACUUACUCUUUCUCCUCCAUUUUUCCCUAUCACACUCGCCGCCCUCAUCAAAAGACCCCACUCUGGGUUUAACCAUUCGAGUGGGAAGAUGCAUCCUUAUUUUAUUUGAAUUUUUUUGGAAGACUUAUUUUGCAAGAUUGUGCCCUUUAAAGUCCACGUCCUUUUUUUUUUUUAUUUUAUUUUUUUUAUUAAUUUUGACAGUUUUAUGCUUCAUGUUGUUGCCAAGUAUGCUUGCCUGUCUUUGUAACACACACACACACGCACGCACGUGCAAGAGUUUAUUUAAAAGGUGAGUGCGUGCAGUGUCGCAGAGCGCUUUCGUUUUUCAAAAGGGAAGCGCACAACAACUCAAGUGCCCUCUUUAUAGAACCACGUCUGACAGGUCCUGUUAUUUCAUUUUAUUUUUUGUUUCUAAUAAUGACAAAUGGUAGAACGUGUCCGCUCUGCCCUCGUCCACUCGGGCGUUGUGUAGUUGCACUAACUAGGCGAUGUUGUAGUUCAGGAGGCCCAAUACUCUUGAUUGUAUCAUGAAAUAGUUGUGCAUUGGCACAGAGUUGACAGGGAAAAAAAACGGUUUGGGAAAUGGAGGCCUGCUGAAUCUUAACUCCCCCAAUGGCUGACUUGACACUUUUUCUUCUUUGGCCUCCUUGCUAUUUUCCUCUUCUUCCUCUUCCUCCUGGUCGGUGUGUGUGUGUUACGUGAAUCUGAUUUGUACUACUGGAUGUCGUCACCGGAGCCACAAGUACCAUCUGUAUUCUUAUUGAAAACACGGCAUGGAACUAACAUUAAACUUCAAACUGAAUAAAUGUAAUGAUGGCCUGUGUUCCA